UCAAGACACCGAGACCAAUCAACCUAUGAUAAAAGGAUGAUAAAUGUGAAUAAUCGACUGGGAUUUCCGCCCAAUGGUAACAGGAGAAGCUAUCCUAUUCUUGGUGGAAGGCUUCAUUUUGUGAAGUUCGAAACUAGCAAGAUUAACGAGUGCCUAGACUUCAUUAACUCAAAGCAGCUUCACUGUGGUGAAGGGGAAUCACGUUAUUCUGAUGCCACGACUGAUUCAAAUGCCAUAAUUAAGGCUACUGGUGGUGGAGCACACAAAUUUGCUGACCUUUUCAAAGAAAGACUCGGACUUAGUCUUGACAAAGAAGAUGAAAUGAACUGCCUUGUAGCAGGAGCAAAUUUCUUGCUGAAGGCAAUUCGUCGUGAAGCUUUUACACACAUGGAGGGUCAGAAAGAGUUUGUUCAAAUUGACACUAAUGAUUUGUUUCCUUAUCUUCUAGUUAAUAUUGGAUCUGGUGUUAGUAUGAUCAAGGUUGAUGGGGAUGGAAAAUAUGAGAGGGUCAAUGGGACUAAUGUUGGUGGUGGUACUUAUUGGGGAUUGGGAAGGCUGUUAACAAAGUGUGAGAGCUUUGAUGAAUUACUUGAGCUGAGUCAGAAAGGAGAUAAUAGUAAUACUGACAUGCUUGUUGGGGACAUUUAUGGUGGCAUGGACUAUUCUAAGACUGGCCUAUCGGCUUCUACCAUUGCUUCAAGUUUUGGUAAGGUUACCUCAGAAAAAAAGGGACUUGAUGAUUACAGACCUGAAGAUAUAUCACUCUCUCUUCUCCGAAUGAUUUCAUACAAUAUUGCCCAGUUUCAGGUGAAAAGAUGAAAAAUAAGAAGGUUGAAUCAGUUGGUGUCUCGCUAAGUGAGGCAUAUGCGCUUAGUGAGUAACAUCCGCUAAGCGAGGCACUCAGCUCGCUUAAUGGGUUGGGAGAAUCUGGAAGAGAAUCUGCAAAGCAUUCAUGCACUCCGCGCAUCAUCAAUUCGCCCAGCGAGUCAUCUGUCUCUUCUGGCGCUCAGCGCACCCUGUUCGCUAAGCCAAAAUUCACUAACUCACGCUUAGCACUAAACGAGCCUUUGAGGACAGAAAACCCUUAAAAGCUGAAGUUGGCGAAAAAAGGAGAGAGCUUUUGGAAGAAAGAGGAAUACAUGAGAGACGCAUCAAAGGAAAAACAGGGCAAGAAAGCACUAAAGAUCUCAGCUUUCAAGAGGAUUCUAGGUUUUAGAAUGAUUUCUAGGUUCCUAGAGGUGGAGGAAACAUCCUAACCACCAUGUAAUCUGAAUUUUGCUUCUAAAACCCCCUAUUGUAGUUGAAAGGUGAUAACUUGUCAUGGAAGGCUAAAGCUCUAGUUGGGAAUUUCUGCUAGCCUUGAUGUAAAACUCUUUACUACCUAUUAAAAGUUAUUUUUAUGUGUU